GGGCCCCAGCGGCCCCCCACCCCUCACUCGCGCGCUCCCACACUGCCUCCCCCCCCUCCCCGGGGGGAAGGCCUUUUAAUUUAUUUAUUCUGCUGGGACUGAGGUGGGGGGCUUAGCUGGCAGGGGAUAGGGGGGUCUCUUCGGCCUUCUACCUCCCGCGGCUGGGGCUACCCUUCCAGCUACCGGGCACUUCACGGCGUGCGCCCCCGGGGCCUCCCAAACUGUUUCCAAACUGCCCAGACCGGAGGUGGGCGCGUGGAGACUCGGCUAAAGGGCUGGGUUUGGAGGGGGGCGAUUGUGUGUUUGAAUACUAGGAGCCUGGGGAGGCAGACGUCGACCCCAAACGAGUUGCAAUCGAGGUAUCUCCGAACCCGCUUCCUCUUCGGCCCGCACACCCCCUCCCUCCCUGGAGCAGUACUGGGGAGGGGAAACCAAGAUUUGGAACCACAUUAGCCUUCACAUUCCUGGGAGGAUACAGCCCUCGCCUGGACGUGGAAGAUAGCUUUUUUCUCUCUCUCUUUUUUCCUUUCUGUUUUUAUUUUUGGAGGGGAGCGCCCAGUAAUUGUCCUGAACACAUGCUUCUUCCUCCAGGCACCAGCGACAGAGAGUCCCCUUUUUUGCAUUUAUCAUUUUCCUUCCCCUUUCUUUAUUAAAGGUCCGGGAGUGGCGGCGGCCAAUCAGCGCUCGGCUUCCAUUUUGUGAGUUCAACUAGGAGGCUUCCCCGGCUUCGCGUGGAUAUGUUUGCAGACCCCUCGGUCUCUCUUCUCGGACUGCCGACACGAAGCAGCCGCCUCGCUGGGGCUUCGUGGUGGUGUAUUUCAUAUUGGGGCUCUUUUCGGGGUUUGUAAUUUGGCCGUGGGUAGGUAAUUGGCUGGAGCAGGGCGGCAGGGCGCGGCAACCAAUCAGCACACGGCUUCUAUAGGGCUUGAGUUAUUAGACGCUGAUCUCAAAACAUCCUUCAUCAGACUCCAAGGAGAGGCCAACAGAUGAGGGGAGCCAUUUUUCUGCAAUGGAAUUAAAUGGCCAAGUGGGUUUUUCCUUUGUUGCAAAUGGGGAAUGCUUUUCCUUUGACUCCACCAUCCAGUUCAGGACGCCUGAAUGUGUUUAACAUUUGCCAAAGGACUCACACUUGGAAGAAUGAAGAAGACCUUUUAAAAAGAUCUGGAUUUUUCCUUAUGAUUUGGAAUCCAUCUUUGUCUUGUAUAACUAGGUCAUAGCACACUAUUAAUGUCAGCAGUUAACAGUUUUGAAUUCAAAAAACCUAAGUAAAUGACAUAUUUAAUUUUUUUCCUCUUUUUUCUUGGGUGGGUGGGGGGAGAGCUUGGAGCUGUCUUAAUCUGUAUUCUCUUGACUGAACAAUAAAUUUUUAAAUAUAAUUUCCUCUAUUAAACACUUAACCUGGUCAUCUUAUUAACUACUUUUUAACAAGGUAAUGUUUUAAAUGUAUAGUUGGAGUAGCGAAAUGGCAGCAACAAAAAAAUUGUGAGCUGUUACUGUUAAAUUUUCUAAAAACCUUUUACAUUGUAAGUACCCAAUCCAUUCUGUCCUUCCUGCACUGCAGUUUUCAUGUUACUGUCGCCUGAAAUGUCCUGAAUUUUCGGAAUAUUCAUCUGCAUGUAUGUCUUUGUCUCUGUCUGAUGUAAGUCAGUUAAAAUGCUUUUAAACGUUUGCUUUUAUAAAGCUACGGUUUUUAGUUCAAGCUUUUUGAAAAAUGUUUACAGCAAUAGAUGCUGCUCCGAUUUCUUCCCAGUAACUCGUACACUUUCUUUGAAAAUCGAUCUAUUUUGAAGAAAAACAGCUGUUUUUCUCGACUGGGGGGGGGGGGACGACUGAGAAAGGAAGUCUUUCUUUACAAAGACUCAAAGCCGUCACUGAAAACUAGAUUAAAACUGGAAAACAAGUCCUAGCUGGUGCAAGCCAAACACCUACUUUAACCCGGUGCUAUUUUCUCUGGUGGUUGGGAUGGCUGGUGAGCUGUUUUGCCUUUUGUUUGAUUUGACCGUGUUUUCGCCUUUUGUUUCUUAAUGAUCACACCAUUGCUAAAUCCAGAGCAGUAAACAGUCCACAGCGAAGCCGCCUUUUUGCCAGCCCAACCCUGGAAAGUUUGCAGUCGUGGAAGGAGCAGAAAAUACUGAGUGUAACUUACAAAAAGACUCCAUGGCACCGGGCUGAGCGGGUCUUGCCCGGAGCCCAGAGCAAUGUCUCGGUUCUCCCCACAGUAGACAAUCCUUGCCUCCUCUGGACAUCUGGAACAGGCCUAAUUUGACUGACAGCUUGCCCACUAAGGGUGGAGCAGUUUGUACCGCUGUUGUUCCUGGCCUUGAGGGCUGCCCCGCCUACUGGUCACCCACUGAGCUUGGGGCGGGGCUGCUUUGGCCUGCUGAGAGAGGGCCACGCCAGCGGAAGGACUGCCUGAGCUGGGAGGUGGCUGGACUAGCUUCACUACAGACUCCAGCGUCCCCGCCCCUUCCGUCUCCUCCACCUGGCCUGGAGCCCUCGUUUGGAAUAUGACCUUUUAGACACUCUAGGUGGAGACAGUAGUGAAGAUGGCUAGGAACACCCCACCAUCACCUGCCCCCAGUGUUUUCGCAGACUGUUCUGUGCUCUCAGGCAAGUUACUGCGGGUGGAAAGGAGGAGGGGAAGUCGAACAACCGUGUGGACUAUUUCUAACAGAAGAGGGGCUUGCCAUGUCCCGGCUAGUCCUCUUGACAGGCUGGAACCACAAUCCUUUGUGCCCAACUUAAGCCGUUUUUCUAGCCUGGCCUCUAGAAAUGACUUGCCCAUCCUCCUCUGGUUCCUGAGAGCUGUUAGGCAGCUGGGGCCUGGAGGAAGACUGCCUAGCCCGGAGGCUAAGAUAGCACCCCUUGGCACCUUGGCUUCACACCCCCCACCCCUUUAUCUGUUAAGUAGAACCUGAGUCUUUAUCUCUCACUGCUAUUGAUACCAUCUACAUUUGGAUAGCUAAAUAAUUGAUUUAUGGGGCCUCAGAGUAGGGGAGUGGUGCCCACAGCCUCUCCCAUCCAAAUUUGUACUUUGCCCUGAAAGACUGAAGGUACCCUGCCUCUGCUGUCCUUGACUCAUUUUCCUGUUGGUCUCUGUGGCUUAGUCUUCUCUGAGACCAUCCUGUGGCUCCCUGAGGGGUUUUGUGGCAAGAAGCAACUGAAGGAAUCUCUCCCUCUCCUGCACUUUCCAGGAAUUCCUGGAGAAUCAGAGUGACCCAGGGCCCCCAGAACAUUGCUGGUGAGGGAAUAAGCCACCCUGUGUGGGUGAGUGAGUCUUAUCUCCUCAGCUAGACUGGCCUGGCCUGGCCUGACCUCUGAGGAGGCUCUAAACAGCAGCUGGCUGGAAUCCUGGGUAUUUUUAGCUACACAGAUCCAGCCCCACCAUCACCAUGAGAGCUGGGUCCAAAUCCAGCACUUCAGGCCUGCUAGUCCUGGGGUUCUGCCAGCCUCCUGUUGAAGCUGGGGUGGGUGGGUAGGGCAGGCUGGAACCAGUAGCGGCGUGUACCCUGAACCUACCUGAGCCAGAAUCAUUCGCUUUCAGUAACUUCCUCUCUGAGGCCUCCUGCAGACUUGCUCUGAGGAUGGAGAGUGCAGACACAGGUCUCGGGGAUCUGUGGAAAGUCGGGAGCCCUCUCUUGGCUAUAUGUAGCAGAACAAGCACUUUUUCCUUCUAAGUGAAUUUUCUCCCCUGGCACAUGUAGCCAGCCAGCCUCCCUGGCUCUGGACCAAGCCCGAAGAAACCUGGAAUCCUUGCAAAGCAUCCUCAAAGGGCCUAAGAUAGCUGCAGCCCUUCCUCCCUUGCCUGGUUUUGACAGGAAUCAUCUGUUGACUCUUUGUAGCCAGCCCUCCUUCCGCUUCAACCAACAGUCAGGCCCUCCCUGAUGUAACUGUUACCUUGACAACCCCUUGGGCCUGUUUCCCCCUCACCACUGAAACCUGAAGAGGGUUUUCAAGCUACAGUACAUUUGCCCAAGUUGGGCACCGCUUCUGCUUCCAUUGGCAGAUCUUCUGCCCAACUGUACCCAAUAUAACAAACACAGCCUUCCCUGGUCCCUUAGCUGAUCUCACUGGUGCUGGGAACUCCUGUCAAACUGCUUCCUCCAGACUGUGCCUCCCCCACAGGCAGGAACAUGGUUUCUUCUCAAUAAACAAGUUGUAAGAAAGGAAUGAACGACUUGCUGAAUUUUUGUCUAAGGGGUCCUCCUUGAUCCAGUGACAAGAGGCCUCUGCCCUAAAGCUGGAGGUUGAUUCAGGUUUCCACUCUCCCGGUCCAUGUUGGCUUUUGAGUUUCCACGAGCGGUCGCUGCUGCCCUCUGGUGGUAGGGCUUUGCCUUGUGUCUCCUGGAGGAAAGGGGAGGGGGCGGGGAAAACGAGAAGAAACCCUGACAUUUAUGGAACCUCCCGGGUCGGUAGUUUACUCCACAAAGCGAAAUUUCCUGAGUGCUUGCGGAGAACUUGCAAAUUAGGUAUCUUCUGGGUGGGGAGGGUCAAGAAGAUCCCUGAGCCCUGCCAAACUCCAGCUUGGAGGUUCGCGCUCAUGCUGGCAGGCUGCAAGGAUCCCACUCCCUGACCACUGGCCUGCUUGGGAAGUAGAUCCUCAGCUCAUAGUAACGGGAAAAUGUCACAGUGACAUCAGCCAACUGUAUCGCUAGUACUUGUUUGUAUUAAGCACUCGGCCAAGAGCUACUUGAAUGGUGAUGGGAGUGGAAUUCCUGGGGUGAAAGACACGGAGCCAGAGGACACCAGAACGCUUCUUGGUGGAGAUGGGGACUAUAGGUUUCCAAAGUUUACGGAAGGGCCAGGUGCUCUCGACCUGUCAGAGUCACAACAGUGUCACUUGGGUUCACCCCUCUGAGCCUUGCUCGAUACUGCCUAUGUAUUUUAAGUCAGUCCUGGAAAUAGGCUGCUCACUGGAAGUCACUGCAGAAGGCGUUUCCCGGCAGGGGGCGCUACAGUUCCACGGUGCGGGUCAACAGAACACCCGAGUAGGGACGGGAAGAGAGCAGAAUUCCUGUAUUCCCACACUGACGAGGGCCAGGCGCAAACUAUGUGGACACACACAACUUACGUUCUGGUGUCUUCUCGGGAACGAGCCGAGGGACUACAACCCAGAGGAAAACAGGCCACACUGGCAGACUAGCUGCAAGGGCUGGAUGCGAACCUGGCUGCCUGGUACAGCCCCCAAUUAAGGAGUCUACUUGAGGGGGGGGGGGGUGAAGCUGACCAAUCAAAGAGUCCUCGCUAGGAGGCGGAGCCUGCCAAUCAAGGGCUGUCGGUGUGAAGAGGCAGAAACCACGAAUGUAACAGAGCUGGGGGUGUGCAGGCACACGUGGUGAAGGGGAUGCGCUGCGCUUGCGGUUCAGCAUCCGGUUCCUCCGUUUUUUUCGUUUCCCCGGGGACUAAGAGACAAACACCCAGGGCUGGGAACAUAGCAGAGAGUAAUUGUGGCAACGAGGGGAACCCGGGAGGCUGCCUGGCAGAGGUGGCCACAGCUGCCCGAGGGCGGAGCCUCGUGGCCCCGCCCUGCAGUCCCGCCCCCGCCCUGUCGCUCAACUGGGCUCUGGCCAGAGCUCAGCAUCCAGCGCGCUGCGGGCUCCCGGCUAUGGACGCCCCAGGUGCCCCGGUCCCAGCCGCUGCCCCCAGCUCCGCAAGGAAGGAGCUGAAGAUAGUGAUCGUGGGUGAUGGUGGCUGCGGCAAGACGUCGCUGCUUAUGGUGUAUUGCCAAGGCUCCUUUCCCGAGCACUAUGCCCCAUCGGUGUUUGAGAAGUACACGGCCAGUGUGACUGUGGGCAACAAGGAGGUGACCCUGAACCUCUACGACACAGCUGGGCAGGAAGACUAUGAUCGGCUGCGGCCCCUGUCCUACCAGAACACACACCUCGUUCUCAUCUGCUAUGACGUCAUGAACCCCACCAGCUAUGACAAUGUCCUCAUCAAGUGGUUCCCUGAAGUAACACAUUUCUGCCGAGGGACCCCCGUGGUUCUCAUCGGCUGCAAGACAGACCUGAGGAAGGACAAGGAGCAGCUGCGGAAGCUCCGGGCAGCCCAGCUGGAGCCCAUCACCUACACACAGGGCUUGAGUGCCUGCGAACAGAUGAGAGCUGCGCUCUACCUGGAAUGUUCCGCUAAGUUUCGGGAGAAUGUGGAAGAUGUCUUCAGGGAAGCUGCCAAGGUGGCCCUCAGUGCCCUGAAGAAAGCACAAAGGCAGAAAAAGCACAGGAUCUGCCUGCUGCUGUGACCUUGGGGCGCACAGCCCUGAGCAGAGCUGUCCGGGUUAGGGACCCAGGCCUCGGCUCCUACUGGGAUUUUAUCCUGUCAGAGCACUGGGGCUAGACUCUUGGAACAUUCUGGAACUGUUCCCUUUGGGUUCAUGCUAUGGUUCGAUGGUGAAUGAAGAUGCCAGACCCACCAGUGUCCCUCUCCCCUGGGGCUGACACUUGUUCCCAGGCCGCAGGAGGGCCCUCGGAACAGCUCUUCUCGCCCCAGCCAUGCGUGUUUCCCUUUCCAAAGCCAAUUCAUGCUUGAAGCUCAGAAAGGCACAGAGAGUGUGGACGCGUGUGGAUGUGCACUGCUGUUCCCAAGUGUCCCAAGGCCACCGUUCUUCCGGCCUCCCUGAGCUCCUGAGAUAGCUCGGCUACAUCCUCCAGCCUCUUCCUCCUUCCUGUCAGGAACCGAGGGCCACAGCCUAUCAAGAGAACACAGGCAUCAAGCCGGACAUGGGCCGGCACCAGCUGUUCCUGCUGUACCACACUGAAGACUUUUGUCUUAGCCUGAGACACAUGUUCAGGGGAAGAAGAAACAAUCUCUUAAAAGGUCAAAAUAUACUCGGGCCUCCCACCGAUCCCUACCCGAUUUCACCUCCAAACCCGCAACUGACUUCCACUGGGGACUCCUGAUGGACAGUGCCUGCGCCCCAUCAGGGACCUCAGGCGAAUGGACUCUCCCCUUAGACCAUCCCCAUCUGUAAGCGGCCAGGACUGGGUCAUCACCCCACCCGAUUCAGUGUCUGCUUCUACCAGGAUGCGGGGCUCAGGAAUGGCCUGUCCCUGCCUCCUUCCAGAACUGACCUGCAGACCACCAAUGUCCACAACAGCAAGACUCCUGAGCUCUGAAAUUCCUUCCAGAAGGUCUAGACUCUGCAUUUCAGAACUUUUCAAGCCAAGUUUCCUAGGUGGUUUUAGUGCCCCUAAGAGGAAGUCAGCAUCUCCCAAGAAGAAACCAUGGCCCAGGCUGGCUCAUCUGUCCUAGGACCUCUUGACUCAGCCCCCAAAGUCAGGUUGCCAAGGAAAGGGACUUCUGGCCCCCUUCCCCGCAAGUGCCCCAAGGCCCUGCUGUCCCCUGCAGAGCUAACCAAGGACCUCUUGGUCUCUCAGAAUCCAAGGCCUUGUAGAUAAAUUAUGAUGUAGGGCAGAGGUCAACAAACCACAGCCUGUGGGCCACACGUGGCCACUGCCUGUUUUGUAAAUAAAGUUUUAUUGAACUGCCA